CAAUCAUCGCCUUGUGUCAGCGUGUGGCUGUCAUGGCAUUGCUUGCGCCUCCACUUGGGCCGGCGGCAUCCUCUGCACCCGAGCGAAUUCGCCUCGCAUGCCGCGCCCACGGCCCUGAGAGGCGGCGUGGGCGCGCGGGCGGCGCCGCAGCCGGCGCCGCGGGCCUCGCAAGCCUCGCGAGCCUCGCGAGCCUCGCGAGCCUCGCACGGCAGCGUCGGCGGCAGGUGCUGCGUCAGGCUGAGGCGACGGAGGCAGCGGCAGAGGACCCCACGCGCCGCGCGCUGUUGGCCCUGCUGGGCGGAGGGGUAGUGGCAGCAGGAGCAGAUGCAGUGCUGAAGGCCUCUGACGAGAGGUACGCGGCACUGGGGACCAUUUUAGCGCCGGCCCCGUACAAAGAGACGAUCAGGACGGAGCUGGUCCCAGGUCGGAUUUGGGGCUUUGAGCAGUGCAUAGCCCUGGCGUCAGUGUCCACCAACAUCCGCAUGACGGCGGUGAAGUUGCAGGAUGGCACACUUUGGGUUUCUGCGCCCAUUUCGCCCACCCGCCAGUGCGUGCGGCUGCUGGACGAGCUGGGGCCGGUGGCUCACCUGGUGGUGCCAUCCACGGCUUUGGAGCACAAAGCCUCGCUGGCGGAGUUCGCGCGGAUCUACAACAAGGCCAUGGUGUGGGCCACCCCGGGCCAGAGUAUCAUUGUGCCGCAGGCCCGCGCCCUGGGCCCUUCAGGCCCUCGGCCGCCCUGGGCAGAGGAGUUGGACUGCAAGCUCUUCUUUGUGGAGCCUCCGGUGACGGACACCUUCGCGGAGGCGGUCUUCUUCCACAAGGCCACCCGCACUCUGCUGGUCACAGACUGCGCGCUGAAGCUGCCCCAGAAGCCUCCCAAGGUCUUGGAGUCCUACGGUUACGAUGGGGAGCCGGGGCCAAUCUCCCAGGAGCAGUGGAGGUACAAAGCGAUUGCCUUCGACUUCGUUACGGGCCGGGGACAGGAUGAGAAGGACUUCGCGGCGUUGGCCAAGCCGCCAGCGCUGGUGAACCCGCUGUUGCGCUACAUCGUAUACCGCCGCUGCCCGGAGCAAGCUGCCGCAUGGGUCAAGGAGGUGGCCAAGUGGCCCUUCCAGCGCAUCAUCCCAGCACACCUGCAGGCCCCUUUCGACUGCACUCCGCCUCAGUUCCUGGAGGCCUUCGGGUUCCUUUUCAACAAGAAGACCUCGUGGGAACCGGAGGACGAGCAGCUUUCCUUCCUCCGCUCCUUGCGCGACAUUGUUGGAGGCCCGACCUUCUGAGCGCUGGGAUGCGGACCCCUUCGAGGGUCGACGAUUGUGAGCGCCUGGGAGGUGUGCCGGUGCAUGAGUCCAGUGCACGCUGGCACAAAGGUGGGGAACUUUUUAGCCAGCUUUUUCGCGGCAUUGCCUGCCUUGCGCCGCAGUGCCAAUGUUCAGGUCCUGGCGGAAUAGAUUCAGAAACCAGCGGUGAGAUCC